AACGCUGUAUGGCCUCUACCUUCGUCAAGCUGUCAGUCAGUAGAGUAGCACCCAGCCGGAAGCAGCGGGACGGAGCUGCAGCAGAUUUGAAAACGUUCAUAUUGUAACAUUAGGUUUCGCAAGAGUUUGUCACUGAUAUUGUGGCGUUUGAAGUUUUAUGCGUUUACUUAUGUUGCCAUCCAUCUAGGAAUGGAAAGAUUGCGAACAACAGGGAGGAACCCCGUUUCAUUUGCUCGCUAGCAAGCAGAGUAUUGUAGCUAACGUUAGCUAGCUGACGUUAGAUACUGAGAACGUGUACGAUCAAGGGGACUGUGCUAGUAAUGCCUGGUGUUUAAUGGGCGAACUGGUUCACGUUAGUGUGCUGAUAUUUUUUCUAAAUAUGUUGUUUUAAUUCAAGCAUUUUGACGAAAUGCUCUUGGAAGAUAAAUGCCUUGUCUCUAGAGCGCUAGCUGGCUAGCUAGCUAACAUUAGCCGCAACUGGGGUUCGAGGCUCAGGAAGGAAGGGGUGACUGAUGUUUGAGGGAAGUGCUGCUGUUUUAACUAUCUUGCUAGCUAACCAACAAGCUCGCUGCCAUUAUCCGAAGACAAGAAGUUUUGUUGCAUUUUACAAGAAGUAACUUAGCUAGCUAACAUAACUGUAUGCCACGGUAUCCACUGGCCGUGGAGAGGAAACCUGGGAUACGAAGAAAAAUAAGUAACGUUACGCCCGGUCCACAUUUUUUCUGCGCCUCAAUUUUUGAGACACGCGCUGGAAUUUGCAACAACGCGAACCGUCAGUUCUUGGACAAAUUGAUUUAUAUUAAACAUGGCUACGGCUAGCAGCAUUGCCGCAUCCAUUGCGAGUAAAACGAAGACGAAGAAAAAACACUUCGUGGCUCAGAAAGUGAAGCUGUUCCGUGCCAGCGACCCUCUGCUCAGCGUCCUAAUGUGGGGAGUUAACCAUUCGAUUAAUGAGCUCAGCCACGUUCAGAUCCCAAUCAUGCUGAUGCCUGACGACUUCAAGGCCUACUCGAAGAUCAAGGUCGACAACCACCUCUUCAAUAAGGAAAACAUGCCAAGCCAUUUUAAGUUCAAGGAAUAUUGUCCUCUUGUCUUCCGUAAUUUAAGAGAGAGGUUCGCCAUUGAUGAUCAGGACUUCCAGAAUUCCCUGACCCGAAGCGCCCCCGUCACCAGCGACGCCCAAGGCCGCAGCGGGGCGCGCUUCCACACCUCCUACGACAAGAGGUACGUCAUCAAGACCAUCACCAGCGAGGACGUGGCCGAGAUGCACAACAUCCUCAAGAAGUACCACCAGUUCAUCGUGGAGUGUCAUGGCAACACGCUGCUUCCCCAGUUCCUGGGCAUGUACCGCCUCACGGUGGACGGAGACGAGACCUACAUGAUUGUCACUCGCAACGUCUUCAGCCACCGGCUCUCAGUCUACAAGAAGUAUGACCUCAAGGGCUCCACAGUUGCCAGAGAGGCGAGCGACAAGGAGAAGCAGCCCCGCCCACCCGAGGAGGCCGCGCCCCCCAAAUCGCGCAUGCACCAAAAGCUGCAAACGAUCAGGAUCGCCACGCGUUUUUACUGCGCCAUCAAAAACGCCAAGGAGCUGCCCACGUACAAGGACAACGACUUCAUCAACGACGGCCAAAAGAUCUACGUGGACGAGAACAACAAGAAGAUGUUCCUGGAGAAGCUGAGGAAGGACGUGGAGUUCCUGGCCCAGCUGAAGCUGAUGGACUACAGCCUGCUGGUGGGCAUCCACGACGUGGAGCGGGCGGAGCAGGAGGAGGUGGAGAGCGAGGACAACGAGGGCGAGGAGGAGGGCGAGAGCGACGGGGGCGCCGUGGGAACCCCGCCCGACAGCCCCAGCAACACGCUGGACAGCACCAAGCCCUUCGCCCCCGGGGAGUUCGACCCCACCAUCGAUGUCUACGCCAUCAAGAGCCACGACAGCGCUCCGAGGAAAGAGGUGUACUUCAUGGCCAUCAUCGACAUCCUGACGCAUUACGACGCAAAGAAGAAGGCGGCCCACGCAGCCAAGACGGUGAAGCACGGGGCCGGGGCGGAGAUCUCCACGGUGAACCCGGAGCAGUACUCCAAGAGGUUCUACGAUUUCAUCACCACCAUUCUGUCGUAGCCUGGGUGGCGGCCAGGUGGAGUGGUGGGCGUGGCGGCAGGGCCUCUGCAAGGGGUUGAACGCAGGAGCCCAGGGGUGGGGCGGGAGGGGGGUGGAGGGUAAGAGAGGGGCCCUGGUUUAAAGGGGGUGAGACGCGCACGAUGCACCAGCGGGGACCAUCUCAGCAGCUACAGCCUCCAUUUUGUUUACAUUUGAUUUCCUUUUGUCCGUUUGCUUUUUUUUGUUUUGUGGGACCAGACGAGCGAAAAACGGAGCAAAACACGGAAAUAACGAUCAAUUUGGAUUUUUUGUUGUUGUUGUCGUUGUUGUUGUUGCUGUUGCCUAGUAUAUAUCGUCCUUCCAGCAUUCUUUCACUUCAUCUUUGUUAUUUUACUCUCCAUUUUAAUUGGAAAUAACGUGCAGAGAGGGGGUUGGGGGAGCAUGUCCAGUCUGUCGGGUUUGUUUAAAGGACUGGAGACAACAGCGAUGUCUCCCCAGAACGGUCCUGUCAUUUUUUUUUCCAGUUAACCAGCUCUAGCGGACGUUUGUGGAAGCUGGUCUUUCGAACAGGGAGGCGGAGCCAGUUGGAGGGGGAGGGACGGGAACUGAGCGCCAAUAGCACGUCUGCGGAGCAGCCGGGGCGCCCCGCUUCCUUUAUGUGGCCCCUCCCCUAAACACCAGGUCCGCCCUCUUCGUCAUGGCGACCAGCAGCAGCAGCAGUGCUGUGCUGCACAGUACCCUCUCACUCAUUCUUCUUCUGCACUCCAGACAUGGGGAAUCCCUCUCUCAUGUGUGCUUCCCAUCCUGUGCACGGACAAGCACAAUGUAAUAUAUCGUCUCUUGCCUGUAAACUUUCAUUUCCUGGGCCAAAAUAUUCUUUGCUCCAGAGAAAAAACUGGGGUGUGUUCAACAGGGGUAGUGCUUGAAGUACAUUCCGCUUAGUAGUGUCACGUUGUUAAAUAAACCAUUAACCUUAGAGUUAGGGCUAGGCGGAGUGAACCUUUGGUAAUUAUCAAAUGUAUUUUGAGCACAGUAAUGAUCAUUGCCCGCAUGUAGUGUCUUGCCUUUCUUUGAGUCUUGUUUUUUUCUUUAUACCUGCAGUGAACUUCUGAACUUCAGAGGCAACAUGAAAUGUUUCCGGAAAACAAAAUCACCACUGAUGUCUAUUGGAUGUCGAUAAGACAGCCAAUCAGCAGCAAGGCCUUGCAGCUUCCAUGUGAUUGACAAAAACACAUCAUGUGAUCACAUGGAAGCUGUGUGACCUUGCUGCUGAUUGGCUGCCUUAUCAACAUCCAGUAAGUAACAGUGGUGAUUUUUUUUCCCCGGAAGUGGUUCACGUUGCCUCUGAAUUCUGGAUGCUUACUUCCGCAUCAUUAUUAAGGGAAAAAGACAAAGAAAGGCAAUACACCACAUGGUAGCUAUGAUUGUUAUUACGCUCAAAAAAUAUUUAAUAAUUAUCGAACGUGUAUAUAUUGCCAAACCCUACCUAGAGUGCUCUGUAAAAGGUCAGAGGUGCCUCUACUUGAGGUUGUCUCAUUUCGGCAAAAAAAUCACAACAUUCGUGUUCGUGUGUGGCUCGUAAGUGAAACUGAGUGAGCCACUGCUCAGCUAGAAUCCAUUCUGAAUCACUGAGCAGAAGAAAGAGAGCACUGCAUCUCUUUGGGCGUUCUCUAGAAACAUUGAUGAGAUUUGAUUGACACCUUCAUAUCCCAUCAGCACCCACAUAUGGUGUAGCACUUUUCAACAGGACGUCCAUUGCAUUAAACAGCACAGCGGGUCCAUGUCAUUCUACUGAGCACAGCCCUCAGAUUUUGUUUUUUUGUUACAAGAACCACUCCUAGCACACAAACCCUACUUGGCCUCUCAUUCUUAUUGCGUAUGUUCUUGUGUCAUCUUUUUAAUGUACCUGGGAAAGGGGUGGAGUGUUAAGAAGAACAUUCAUCGCAGGGUCAUCGUUCUUACAUCCCUUAUUUCACUUUCGGGUUGUGAAUAGGUCUCUCGGAAUUUUUAAGUUCCUCAGCCAUGUGCUAGAAAACGUGGAAUCGACUCAAAAAAUGUUAAAAUACAAAAAAAUUGUAUAUUUUGCACAUGAUAAAAUGCACCAAAAUGUUUAUGCAUAUGAUCCUGAUGGUCAUCAUGGUCUUUACAAGGGAAAAGCAAUACCUGUACCAAGUGAAAUAAUAUGAUGUAAGGUAUCGUUUUUAGGCAACGGGUAACAAGAGAAUCCUGUAUCCUUUUUGCCUAUCCUUUUUAUUUACCCAUGCAAAAAACUUCCAUAUGGUAUUUUUGUUUGUUUAGAGUAUAUUUACAAAUAUUUUUUACAUUACAUUUUAAUCAAAUAAUUUUGCAGGCAUUUUAAAGUACCACCCAUUGAGUGAAAGUGUUCUGAUAUAUGAAGGAUGUUGGUGUUUGAAUUUGUACCAAGCUUAAGUACUGUAAAACAAAAAGGAGCAUGUUGCCUAAAAUAUGGAGUUUGUGAUUAUUUGCUUGUUUGUUUGUUUGGUUCCAGAAGCCAUUAGUAUUAUAUAUUGAUACAUGUUUCUCCAGAGUAUAGUUUCCAAAAUAAUCCUAACAUGCUUUAUACUGUUUUCAAUGUAUACACUGUGCAAGAGGCGUGCCUUUUUACUCAAAAUUAUUUAAUUUUGUACUUUAAAUCUUUUUUUGUUGUUUUUUAAAACAAACGUUAAAAGGUUAUUUUCUAAAAGUGUAGAGGUCAAAACGGAUCCAGUGGCUCAACUGAACCACUUCUGUGUAAGCGUAUAAAAUAUGUAUUAGUGAUUCAGCUCAAUAAGGCUAUUAUGGACAUUUAAGAAUAAAAAGAAAAAAAGCCAUCUUAUCUUUGAGAGGUGACUUUUGAAAACGUGUUCACCCUCUGCUCCAGUUGGGCAGGAGGAGUGUGUGUUGUGAACUUGUCAGUAUAGUAUGGUGUAAGGUGUGACUGUGUUUACCGUAAAUGUGUCCCUGCCUACUCAUUGAUGUUGUCUGCGAUAUCAAAGUGUUACUUCCCCUCCGUGUUACUGUUACCAGUCCACUUAUUGUCAAAUGUAGGUCAUGGUUGAGUCCCUCGUCACAUUGGCAGACAGAAGGACCGAGCUCUGUAUCCGACGGAUGUGUUCUCUGAAAGGGCGGCUUGACUUAGAUUUUGCUGGGCUUGCCAUUCUCUCUCAAUGAUGGAUGGGUGGUGUGAAUGGGCCCCUAGGACAACACAGCAGGCCAGAUGAAUCUGACAAACCUGAGGGCGAGUCGACUUCAGUAUGGUUGGGCUUUGGUCGUGUCACAGCUGUGUUUGCUUCAAACGCCAUAUGUAGCGGCAAUGGCAUGAUGUUAUGCAACUUUCUUUUUUUUUUUGACAAGACCCAAUGCCAUAUUCAGAUUCUAGCAUCUAUGCAGCCUUCAUCUUGAGUGCAUAUGUGACUGAUUCUGACGUUUUGUUUAUUCUGUUUCACAAACGAUUUAAUCCAGCACAUUACCAGUUGCAUAAACAAUUAAAUCAUUGCUGACGUAUGAAAUUUGUGUGAAUUUUCACUUAUAUGAUCCAACCAAAACGGGACCAUAUUAUGGUCUGUGCCCUUUCAGAUUUGUCAAAUGGGCUGUAUGUAUUCAUAACAGCUUUUGACAGAAGCAUGCUGCAAAUGUUGUUAAAGGUCAAGAAAACUGGAUUCAAAUUGUGUUUAUAUUCCCCAGAGGCAACAAUUGAUUGUCUUAAUGUUUCUUUCAAGUUUUUAAUCCAAUUAUAACCAUUAAAUUGUAAUACUAGUAGAUUAUUGGGACUGUUCAGAAGAUUAGGACAGGGUAGGCGUGUAUCCUGCACUCAUUAAUAUUAAUCUGUGAGACCCCUCAUAUGUAAACCAUUCCUCGUCACUCAGUUAUGGCAGACAACACGACAAUACGAAAUAAAGCAACAUAAGCUAAGCUUUACCAUCAUUGGGAUGGCAGGCAUGCCAUGUUAGGCGGCAUGCUCCAUAUCUAGUUAUACCUGCAGUUCAUUCAAUGUGUAAUAAUGUGACACUGAGCCACUGUACACUAACAUUAGACUCCACAGCAGUGUGAAAUUAUGUACAUUACACCCGAAUAAAGGAAGGCUUCAACUCAACAUAUCUAACCUUGAAAGCUAUUCACUUAUCACUAGCUAACGGUAGGCCUACUUACCCAUCCAUCACGCUUCUGUUCUGCAACCAACAGGAGUGUCACUAGCAGUGGCAGUUGAGAGGGAGGUUAAGGGUGGGAAGGCACUGCACCAUGCACCAGCGCUAGCUUUUUAGCGAAGCCACAUUGUUUUUGUAGGUAGCUUGUCUGUCGCUUUGUUUUUUGGAACAGAAUAAAGCGUUUUGGUUUUCUGCAUCCAGAGAAGGCAUUUCCAGCUUAGCUUGCCUUCACAAAAGUGGCUAGCACAUCAUUUGCAUAUUACAUCAGAAAGAACUUCCCCUGGCGUAGCGUUUUAGUGAUGUACAUUGUACUCGGAUAACCCUGGCCGCUGAAAGCCUGCCGUUUAGCCAAUGGGGAAGCAGGCCAAUCUCGGCACAGUCUUUUAAAGAAUCAUUUUUAAAUAUUUCUUGGUCAUUUGUAAAUGCAAAAAGCAUUAAAACAGCAAAUCAGCAGAGAAUUCACAGAUUUCAGUUUCCUGGACCUUUAAUUCCAUUUGCCCCAGAUACUGCUGAGCAGGCUCGUGGGAAUUUUCUAAUUCCUUACAAAAUUACUUGCAGCUUCUGUGAUGUUCUUUAAGCCUUCUUUGUAGGCCUUCAUUUUCAUUUAUUUUGCCAAAAGCAGUUGUUCCCGUUCAGUUUACAUUGUGUUGUACAUCCACAUAAAUUGUGAAAUUAUUACAGAGUAUUGCAAAUGUGAAUAUUUAGAGUAUCAUGAUCAAAAACUAAAUAUUUGAGUUUUUUAUUAUAAUUUCCUAAUCAUUUAAAACGGUUACCUUCAUGUCCAUUUAUAUGACUAAAAAAAAUACAUUUUCAUUAAAAAUGACAGUGUGGCUCGUAUGUUUAAGUGCUUUUGAAAACUAGUCAUAAUUAUAACAAUAACAAUAUUAAUGCUCAUGGGUCUUUGUCUGCAAGUCAUUAUUGUGAGUACACUCUUACGGGUGGGGCUGCCUCAUGUUGUGUGCUGUAAUACCAAUAUUAUACACUCCAUCCCAUAAACAUCGCUCAAUGAAAUAAAGCACUUUGUCUGCUUGG